AUGACUUAUUCCGCAAGGAAUAAAUUCGAGAUCGCUCGGUUUUCGGGCGAAGAUGACAAUCAUAUAAACAAAAAGUUGCCCAAGGAGUUGCUUCUAAGAAUUCUCUCUUAUCUGGAUGUUGUUUCUUUAUGUCGGUGUGCUCAGGUAUCAAAACUAUGGAAUAUUCUAGCUCUGGACGGAUCCAAUUGGCAAAGGAUAGACUUAUUUGAUUUCCAAAGAGAUGUUGAAGGCCCAGUCAUAGAAAAUAUAUCACAACGAUGUGGUGGUUUCCUCCGACAGUUGUCUCUUCGCGGCUGCGAGAGCAUCGCUGAUGGCUCCAUGAAGACUCUGGCGCAGUCUUGUCCGAACAUAGAAGAAUUGAAUCUGAAUAAAUGUAAGAAAAUCACAGACCACACAUGCCAGGCUCUUGGAAGGAGGUGUAGCAAAUUACAGAGGAUCAACCUAGACUCAUGUCCGAGCAUAUCAGAUAUUUCUUUGAAGGCACUGUCAGAUGGAUGUCCACUCCUGACUCACGUUAAUGUAUCUUGGUGUCAGUCGAUUACCGAGAAUGGCGUUGAGGCACUAGCUAGGAGCUGUCCCAAACUAAAGAGCUUUAUCUGUAGAGGUUGUAAAAACGUGAACGACCGAGCUGUGUCCUGUCUUGCUACUUACUGCCCCGACCUGGAGGUACUUAAUGUACAAGGAUGUGAUAAUCUGACGGACGAGUCGAUAUCGAAGUUGGGCGGUGCGAUGCGUCGACUUUGCGUGUCUGGUUGCACGCGACUAACGGAUACGUCGCUAUGCGCAAUAGCAGCCAGGUGUCCCGACCUGGUCACGCUGGAGUUGGCGCAGUGUGCCCAACUAACCGAUGCUGGUUUUCAGGCGCUGGCUAGGAGUUGUAGGAUGUUAGAACGGAUGGAUUUAGAGGAAUGUGUCCUCAUCACAGAUACAACUUUAGUACAUCUGGCAAUGGGUUGUCCGCGUUUAGAAAAAUUGACUCUAUCUCACUGCGAGUUAAUAACAGACUACGGGAUCAAACAGCUGUCAAUGUCACCGUGCGCAGCCGAACACCUCACUGUUUUAGGCCUAGACAAUUGUCCGUUGGUGACAGAUGGCGCGCUGGAGCACCUCAUAUCCUGUCACAAUUUGCAGCUAAUAGAGCUGUAUGACUGCCAGAUGGUUACGAGGAAUGCUAUACGAAAACUGAGGAACCAUCUUCCAAAUAUAAAGGUGCACGCCUACUUCGCACCAGUGACUCCGCCCGUAACGGGGGGCGGUGCAAGACCGAGGUAUUGCCGCUGUUGUAACAUAAUUUGA